AUGGGAUACAGUUUUCAGAUUCUCCACAUGAUUUUCAUCGUAUCUUUUUUCUUUUCAUUACCCAAUGCUCACAUUAUUACUGCUGAUGCUUUACCAGAUGCAGCAAAGGACUUCAGUGUUCAUGGCCUACAACAAAUGUCUUUCAUGGAGGACAAUAUUGAUGGGAUCCAAAGCCUGCACAUUGAGAAAGUUUCAGGGGAAGAUGAGAAUGAAGAGAAUGCAAUCUCAGUUGUGGAAAAGUUCAGAGCUUUACUGGGUUUGAAGAGCUUCCAAAAGAAAAUGCCAUCUGUUGGUGACACUGAAAAUGUGUCUCCAUCACCUUCUCCAUCACCCUUCAGUGAAGCUGAGGCUCCAAGUCCUGCUCCUGCUCCUGCUCCUGUGCUGCACAUCCAUGCACAUUCACAUCCUCCACAUCGCUUGCACUCAAUCCCAAAGCCUCACACAAUUCGAAGGAAGGAUAAAGGCAGAAUCACAAAGAUACUUGUAGCAGUUCUUGUUUCUGCAGGAGCUGCCACUGUGAUUUGUGUCCUUAGCCUCAUUUGGGCUUGCAGGAAGUACAAAAAGGCCAAGAAGAAACCCACAAGAGUUAUUUCAGUGUACAGCAAAAAGGGAGGAGCAAGAGGUGGAUCAAAGUAUGGUAGUUCACAAAAAUCAGCAAGCAAGGUGAGCUUAAACCCUGGCACCACUGAUCUCAUGUAUAUUGAAUCAUUAAGCAUGGAUUUAGAGCAACAACAGCUUUCGUGUCCCAAGGAAACAUGUGAAACUAUAAACACAUCACCAAAUCUUAGCACAGCAAGAUGUAUAUUGCUUGAGAGGGAAGAGUCAAACCAAGAACUGGUAAAAUCAGAAUUUGAUGACAAUGCUAGUUGUAGUUCUUCCACAAGGGAAAUUAUGUCUGUUCAUGAGGAUAUUGCAGAGCCAAUCAAAUAUGAAUCUGAUUGUGCUAAUUCCCCGACUAGGGAAAAAGUUAUUCCCAUUGAUUCUUAUUCCUCUGAUAUUGAAUCAUUCCAUUCUUUUGGAGACUCAAAUUCAUCAAACAUCCGGCUUUCGAAUGCUUCAGCAGGUACUCUAGGUGAUGCAUCAGACAUUCUCUCCACAAAUGUGUCGAACAGAGAACCUUGUUUAGCACCCUCUUUUAUGAACUUUCCAGAUCAACCAGCAACCCCAAACCAAAACCCAACUCCAGUUCUGGAUUUACAGUCUCCAAGAAAUGCAGAACACAAGACACCAACUGCACCUGCUCACUUUCCUCGUUUCCAACUUUCUUCUAGUUCAGCUAGAAUUGCAUCCAAAGCUUCAUGCUCUUCUUCUACAUUGCCAAAUCUAUCACCUCCAAGACAAUCAGAUUCUUCUUCCGGAUCAAACCAAACCCCAGAAGGUGGAUUUUCGGUUUCGCCUCAAAACCCCUCUGGACCUUCAGAAACUCCACCUCCUAUUCCUCCACCACCCUGCCCACCUCCCUUUUCGAAAGUAAAUAAUAGCUUGUCCAGAGGUCCACCUCCUCCGCCACUCCCUCAAUCUACACCAUUGGGAAAAGAUGGAACUCCAUUGCCUAAACUGAAGCCGUUGCACUGGGAUAAAGUUAGAGCUGCACCUGACCAUUCUAUGGUGUGGGACAAACUGAGAUCAAGCUCAUUUGAGUUGGAUGAGGAAAUGAUUGAGUCACUUUUUGGGUACAAUCUACAAGGCACAAUGAAGAAUGAUGAAGCAAAAAGCAAGAGCCCUUCCCCAAGCAAGCAUGUGCUUGAGCCAAAGAGACUACAGAACAUAACCAUACUCUCAAAAGCCCUGAAUUCUACUGCUGAGCAAGUAUGUGAAGCACUUCUACAAGGAAUCGGCUUGGGUUUACAACAACUGGAAGCACUUGUAAGGAUGGAACCCACCAAGGAAGAAGAGGCUAAGCUCUCUGGCUACAAAGGAGACAUCAAUGAACUAGGAUCAGCAGAGAAGUUUGUGAAGGCAGUGCUUAAAGUACCCUUUGCCUUUCUACGAGUCGAAGCGAUGCUUUACAGAGAAACUUUCGAAGAUGAGGUGGUUCAUCUUAGGAACUCCUUUUCAGUGCUAGAGGAGGCCUGCAAGGAACUGAGGUCAAGCAGGCUCUUCUUGAAGCUACUCGAAGCGGUGUUGAAAACAGGCAACCGUAUGAAUGUGGGAACUAUCAGAGGAGGUGCUAAAGCAUUCAAGCUAGACACUCUUCUCAAGCUCUCUGAUGUAAAAGGAACUGAUGGAAAGACUACCUUGUUACAUUUUGUUGUCCAAGAAAUAAUAAGGGCAGAAGGGAUCAGAGUCUCAGAUAGCAUAAUGGGGAGGAUCAGCCAGAAAAACAAAAUCAUAACUCUAGAAGAGAAGGAAGAAGAUUACAGAAGAAUGGGGCUAGACCUUGUUUCUGGUCUCAGCACUGAGCUCUACAAUGUGAAGAAGACAGCUACACUAGACUUAGAUGUUCUUGCAAGCAGUGUCUCAAAUCUAUCAGAUGGGAUGGCCAAAAUAAAACAUCUAAUACACAAGGAGCUAUGCAUGGAUGAAAAAAGUGGGAAUUUGAUCAGUUCCAUGAAAUCUUUCAUAAAUUAUGCGGAGAAGAGCUUGAAAGAGUUGCAGGGUGAUGAGAACAGGGUCCUGUCACAUGUGAAAGAGAUCACAGAGUAUUUUCACGGGAAUGUGAGCAAAGAAGAAGCCAACCCACUUAGGAUAUUUGUGAUUGUUAGAGACUUUUUGGGCAUGUUAGAUCAUGUUUGUAAAGAGCUUAGGAGCUCAAAAUCCGCACGCACUCCAAAUCCUCUUGCUCCAUUCGGAUAG